AUGGCUAAGCGGAGUCAGAUGCAGUCAGUGGCCGGGGGACUGCAGAAUGAGCAGCAGCUGAAGAUGGCUCUAGGCUCCGGGACCAAGGCUCCGUCGCCGAUUCCACAGCGAGGCGCUAGUCAAGGAAUAGGUGCACAGACUACUGGAGCGAAGAUGUCGCAGGCCGCAGUACAGAGCUUAUUGCAGUCUAUGCUGUCCCAACAGCAAGGUCAGCAACGAGCCGGAGCGGCAGUAGCAGCAGCAGCAGCACCGCGUGCCCAGUCAACAAUAGCAAGGCAGCAAGGCAGCAAUCAAGCGGCCGCUGCUGCUGGUGGUCCAAUGGGUAGGGCCAACCUCGGUAAUUUAAAUCAGUUGUACCAAAGUUUACUCACACAGUUUACGCAUGGUACGGCUGGUAUACGGCAUCAAGGAGGUGUGACACCAGCGGGGCCGGCAUCACCUUCUCCAUCGGCUUCUGCUGCAGGAGGGGGAGUAGGUUCUGGAACUAGGACGAUGCCGGUUCUCCAGAAUAUGCUACAGAAUAUAUUUGCCAAUAAUCGCUCGGGAUCUGGCUAUAGCACAGCAACUACGCCGAAAGGCUCUGGUAUACGGGCACAGCAAGGAGCUUCUAUUACUGCGACGCCGUCUCUACAGCAACAACAGCAGCAGCGGCCGCCCUAUCAGCAGUUCUACUAUGGCAAUGCCGUUGGCGGGGGUACGUCGAUUCCAUCCAAGGCAGUAUUUCCAGGACCGAAGGCACCAUCACCAGCUGCAGCUUACGGGAACUCUGGUGGCCCAUCGGGUCCAGGCGUAUGA